AUGGGAUGUUGUUUUUCUGAUAACAACGAUGAAUCUACAGAAACAUCACCUUUACACGACAAAGGGCCAUAUCGUGGUGUUGGGAUGGGAAUUGCUAUGAUGAUGCAACAAGCUGGAGCAAUAUUAGCAGCUAAUGCUUCUUUUGAUAUAAAUGCUAUUGAAGCACAAGUUAGGAAAGCUAAAGCAGAAGGUAAAACAGUAACAUUAAUAAAUGGAUGUCUUUAUUUUGAUUAUCAAUUAGUAGCACAGAUACCACCAAGUUAUGAUUUACAAAUUUAA